GUGUGUUUGGCUGGAUAUCCGAGGGCUCCCUCCCUCCGAGCCGACAGGACUAGAGCGUCGUCAUCUCAGAUCUCCCCACCGGCCGAGUGGAACGUCCAGAUUUAGCUCCUUAGUUCGCCUUUUCGAGCUUCUGAAGCGGCAGAUCGCAGAUGUCAAAGCUAACGAAAUGUAGCCACACAUUCCCGGAGAGAUUUGGGGAGGUGGGGGGGUCAGCCGCGCAUUCUGGGGAAUGCAGUUGACUGGUUCCGGCGGUGGAUAUGGACAUCAAGCUUUUUAAGGCUGGUCCUGAGUUCCAGUGGUGGGAAGAGCCUUCGUAGUGGUGCUGUAUGGCAGAAGGGAGGUCAGGGGAACAGAGACUGUUCUUGAGGGAACACCUGCAUCCUUCACUGUGGUCCCAAACCAUGAAUAUUGUGGGCCAGUUCGCGGAGACUGUUUUUGUGACAGUGAAGGAGCUUUACCGUGGCCUCAACCCCGCCACUCUCACCGGGGGGAUCGAUGUCAUUGUGGUGCGACAGCCUGACGGAUCCUUCCAGUGUUCUCCCUUUCACGUCCGCUUCGGCAAGCUGGGGGUGCUGCGCUCCAAGGAGAAGAUCGUGGACAUUGAGAUCAAUGGAGAAUCAGUUGAUCUGCACAUGAAGCUGGGGGACAAUGGGGAAGCUUUUUUUGUGGAGCAAAAUGAAAACAAGCAGUCCCAGGUCCCAGCCCACCUGUGCACCUCCCCGAUCCCUCAUGAGAACCCAGAGGAGAUCGAGGAGAUCCCAGAGGGAUCCUCCGUCACCGGGUCUGGCGCCCGAAGGAAGAAACGCCGUCGCAAGCGCAUCCGUUCUGAUCCUCACCUGAGAGAAGAGGCCAGCUCCUCGUCGGAGGAGAGAGAAAGAGAGAAGGAGUGGGAGAGAGAAAGCGAUCCGGCCGUGCAGGAGAGUCCUGCUAAAGAGGAGCCCGCCACGGCGUUGCAUAUCAGUAAAUCGGUGUACUACUCGCUGUCUGAGGAGCCAAGUGAGGAGGUGGGGGGCUUGCAGACCAGAGACGCUCCUCAUCCUCACUCAGAUGGAGAGCAGUCACCCAUGGAGAGUGUCUUUUACAGCCGGUCAUCUUCUCCCAAGAGUGACUCUGAGCUUCUGGUUAAACCCCAAGAGUCCUCUGGGCCUCAGAUGCAGUGGAACUGGGGAGGUUUUCCCAUGCUGUGUCAAUCGGAGAGGACGCAAGUGGAGCAGCAGCUCAUCUCCACUUCCGGCAGCUGUCAUUUCCGCACCAUUGAGAGACAGGACUCCUUUGACAUGGGCUAUGAGCCUGUGAUCAGCUGUGGCAGAGUGGGCGGUGUAACAGUGGUCCGGCCACAGGCCAGGACUCAGUCCGUAGACCUGUGUGGCUACGCAAGGCAAACCUACCCUUUAUCUGGGGAGAGAAACUGUCCCGUUGCACUUUCCAACCCCGGGGGUCUGAAGACGAGCGUGACACAGGAACCAGAAUCCACGUUCCGCAAAGAGGAGAACCGACAUUCCUCUGCCGAUCUAAGAAUUGGCGCAGAUUCUCUUGCCAGCAAAGCGAGCGCAAUCGAUGUAGAUCACAAUGGCCCUGUGACUGAACCAAGCAACGCACAAAUGCAACUCAUGAAAGAGAGCGAGGACUGCACCGUCGCUGCAUCGAGUCUCGAUAUUACAGAGUUGUCAAAUCCACAACCGCAGAGUGAAGAGGUUUCCACGGGUCCCCCUGUCAGCGAGGGGGACAGCGGGAUAGAUCCCUGCGCUGAGGGCGGGGAGGAGGAGGGUGGACCUGCAGGCGCUGAAGGGUCAGUAGAAGGCUCCCUGACCAACAAACCAAACUCUCCCGAGACGUCCUCCAAAGUGGAACAACAUGACAAGAAGAAAGGAAAGCGCAAUCACCAUCUGGGACCAACUGGUAUCUACUUGGAUGAUCUGACCACGUUGGAGCCUGACGUGGCUGCUCUCUACUUCCCCAAGAGUGAGGCGGAGGGGGCGUCUCAGCAGGGUGCGGAGCAGGGCUCCUGCUCCGGGAGCCAGUCGCCUCAGUCAGUGGGCACCGGGGCCAUGGACAGCGGGACGGAGUACUUGUCAGAUUCCACCUCCUACAACAUGGACAUCAGCAUGUCCCUCUGCGGACAAGAGGGGGACACCAGCCAAAUCACGAAAGAAAAGUUUAUGCAGCACAUUGUGACCUACCAGGAUUUUACCAACAAUCCCGGAAUCAUCGAGGACCCGAGUCUUGUGAUCUGCAUCAACUCCAACUAUUACAACUGGGCAGUGGCUGCUCCGAUGGUCUUGUCCAUGACAACGUUCCAGAAAAGCCUACCGAAGAGUGCAAUAGAUCAGCUGGUGAAGGACAAGAUGCCUAAAAAGUCCGGACGCUGGUGGCUCUCUUGGAGGAAGCGAGACAUGGACAAUAACCAGCAAAAGAACUCAAAAGGGGAGCAGGGGGAGUCGCUGGCGAGUGAUGCGUCCACAGUAAAAGGCACGCUGGACGACAUUGACAGCGAUGAGGCGGCAGGCCUUGGGCGCAAAGCCAUGAUUCCUUCCAGCCUGUCAACGGAAACCUUGAACGUCACUCAGUGUAUCACCCAGAUUUACCGCAAAUCUCUGCGUCUGACCUCCAAGCAGAUCGAGCACUUAAACCUGCGUGAAGGAGCCAACAAAGUGGUUUUCAGUGUGACCACGCAGUACCAAGGCACCUGUCGCUGUGAGGCUGCCAUCUACUUGUGGAACUGGGACGAUCACGUCAUCAUAUCGGACAUUGACGGGACCAUCACAAAGUCUGAUGCUCUGGGUCAUAUUCUACCUCAGUUUGGAAAAGACUGGACACACAAAGGCAUCGCCAAACUGUACCACAAAAUACACCAAAAUGGCUAUAAGUUCCUGUAUUGUUCAGCACGGGCCAUAGGUAUGGCUGCCAUUACUAAGGACUACCUUCAGUGGGUGAAUGACAAAGGCAUCGUCCUCCCUCAAGGCCCUGUGCUGUUGGCUCCUAGCAGCCUCUUUUCAGCACUACACCGAGAGGUUAUUGAGAAGAAGCCGGAGGUGUUUAAAAUUGCCUGCCUCAGUGACAUCAAGGACCUGUUCAACCCACAGAGAAAGCCUUUCUACGCGGCGUUCGGCAACAGGACCAACGAUGCAUUUGCCUAUAAGCAGGUAGGGGUGCCUGAUACCAGGUUAUUUACCGUCAACCCAAAAGGAGAGCUCAUCCAGGAGAGGACUAAAGUCAUCAAGUCUUCGUACAGCCACCUCAGUGAGUUGGUGGAACAUUUCUUCCCCAUGCUGUCGGUGGGCGGCAGCAGCACAUCCUCUGCUUUGGACUGUCCCGAGUACAGCAGUUUCUCCUUUUGGAAGGAGCCGCUGCCGGAACUCGACCUGGAUACACUAUUGUAGACACACACACACACGUGUACCAAACACACACGUUUUAAAGCAAGCACAUGUACUCUUUGUUUUCUCUUUCUCCAAGCAAUUUUAUGGAUUUUUUUUGCCUUUUGAAUAAACUGGAACAUCUUAAAAAGACAAAGACAAAUUAAAUCAAGUCAUUAAGAAUUCAAUGUUUCAAUGUGUACAAAACAUGCAGUACUUGCUGCUUAUUUGCAAACUAUGACUAUUGAAACAAUAUUUUGCAGUCCUGAUUAAAAGUGCUACAUUGAACAUGACACAGCUGGACUGAUACGCCUUAGGACUGUUUUUGUGAUUGUGUGUACCUGUGUCAUGGUCAUUCCAAGAUAUGAAUUUAAAGUGAAUUAUUAAUUUCAUAAGCUUACCAAAAAUCUACUUGAGAUGCCUAAAUCAAGCACAUACCAAAGCGAUUGCCGGUUUUCUCCGGUUGACCUGGACCGUUUCAUUUCACUCCUUGGAGCUCACGCUGAAAGCUCCAGCAGACUCAGGCGCACACUCAGCGGUAAAAACAGCCGUGUGUGUAGUUGGCAAAGGAGCGUCAAAGGGGGAGGGGAUAUUUAUAGCUACGUGUACCAAGAAACAAAUCUGGUGUGAGAAUGUAUUUACUUUUUUUUAAAGUCUGUUUUAUAGUAGUACGUAUUUUUGUCAAACACAACAGAUUUUCCUGACUGCCUUUUACUCUGUUAUAAUGUAAAAUAAGUAACACUUGAAUGGGAAGCUGCUGCUGAAUCAAAGACUGCAGAUGGCUGGUACUCAAUAGUCGGUUGUGUACAGUUUUCUUGAUACUAAGGAUUUCAAUACAAAGUUGAACUGUAAGAUGAAUGUGAAACUACAACGUGCACAUUUCACAUAUCUUCUUUUCAGUUAAUGCCCUACCAAGUGUAGAAGUGUUUGUACGUGAAAGCAGAAGCACGUCAGACUGACAAAGACUGUUAUUCCAGAGCAGUGUCAACAAACCAGCACAGUAGUGGUUUAGUCUGGCACUGUGCCUUUGCCCUUUUGGACGAUAAUAAUGACUGUUAUAUUUAUUAUCGUUCAUCGUCCAUUUGUGUGGAGAUAUAAAUAAAUGAAAUUACAACAA